CGGUGGAACUGUCAUGGCCGAACUGUCGAAAACUUUCUAAACUAACGCCAAAUUGUUUUGAUUAGUGCAUGUACGUUCUGAAGUUAUUUUCUGCAAACCUGCAACAUGCCAUAGGGUCGAUAUGAAGAAAAUUGAUGAUUAUUGAUAUCUUGGAUCGCCCCAAAGUGAGAGAUGUACUCCAAGGGACGCAAAAUCGGUAUAAACAUUGCAGGAAAGUUGAAGAAAAAACUGGGAGAUACGGACGAAAAAGAACAGGGGGUCCAGUCCCAGGGUGUGGUGGGUGAUACUGUCUCACCUGGAAUGAAGGCCACUCCUCCUGUCCAGCAUCUAAACAAGAGCAUAUCUCUUGGUAGCAUCCACAACGACUCAUCUGAUGGAGCAAUUGUUGACCAAGAUGACAUCAUCAACCUCACACAUAAUGUCAAGCGAUUCUCAGAUGGCCUGGCCAGACUCAAGGGAGUGUUUGGAGAGUGUUCAGAAUCUGGAGACGAACUGCGACACAGAACCCAUGAGAGACUGGGUGAAGUGCUAUACACCUUGAAAAAUAUCUUACAGUCCUACCCCAUCCUUCAAUCUACUGAACUGUUUGCUGCAUCAGGUGCUCUCAUCUCCAAGGUCAAAAGUUUUGACUAUGUUGGAACUUCAUCUUCAUCAGCAGAACUCCAUUUUUCUGAGGCUAUAGACCAGUUGGCUUUGGUAUUCAGUAGUAGUGUGUCUGAGUACUUGAUGGGUGAUCAAGAUACAUCGUUUCAAGAGAAAACAGAAAAGGCAAAGUCUUACGAUGGCCUAGCUUCCACUCCAAACAGAACUGAAGAAGUGCCAGAUGCAGACGAUAGUUCUAAAUCCGUUGCAGUCCUGACCUCUGAAAGUGUAGACAGUUGUCUUUGUGAACUUCAGGCAGGGGUGGAUGUAGCACUACAGCGGGCCAAGGUCUGGUCCAAGUACAUGAAAGAUGUCACAUCGUACAUAGAACGCAAAGCUCAACUAGAGACAGACUACUCCAAGAAUCUUGGGCGUCUGGCACAGACCAUGAAGCCGAUUUUAACAGAGGAGGCUUUCUUACCUCUCCAGUCUGUCUACUGUACAGUUCUACAACAGGACAAAGAUUACGCAAGUACUUGCCAAGCUACACAAACUUUAUUACAAGCAUCCAAAUUUGUUGAGCCAUUAACUGCCAGGAGAUUAGAACAUGACAAAGAGCGAAAAACCAUCAAAGACUCCUGGCUGAAGGAAGUGAAGAGAAUGCAAGAUGCAGUGCACAGUCUGCGGAAGGCACAGUCCCUGUAUGUGACACGGCAACAAGAGUAUGAGAAGGUACGAGAACAGGCCAACAAACUGGAGGCAGACAUGUUGUCACAGAGCAGUAGUGGUAUUAGCGCCCUCAAUAAGGUGGACAAGCGGCGUAAACUGGAGGAGGAAGCCAUGCACAAGGCUGCGGAGGCUGAGACAACAUACAAGGCAUGUGUAGCAGAGGCGAACUGUAGGCAGCAGGAACUAGAAAAGACUAAGGCGGACUUGCUAGCCAGGAUACGAGAUCAGAUUUACCAAUGUGAUCAAGUUAUAAAACUGGCUACUAUAGAAUACUUCCACCUCCUACACACAGUCUCAACCCCCAUACCUAUACAGUAUCACACGCUGUCAGAAACAACGAAGCAGUAUGAGUGCGGGGUGCAGUUUCAGGAGUUUGUCAAACGCCUGCCAGUCAAUGCCAGCAACACAACCAACACAGAACCAUUUGCGUUUGAACCUUUCUACACAACAAGGGAGAUUGAUAGCAGGAAAACAAGUACACAAUCAACAGGAUCCUCAGGGCCUCAGUCACAGGAGGGCUCACCUCAGCUUACUUCCCCUCGCAAAGGUACCGACCGGUACCGUGCACCUGUGAAGGCAUGGAGUCCUGGCCUUGUGAUGGGAAGUGACACAGACAGUGCCAGUGGUAGCAGUAAGUCUGUUGACUCCUCCCCCAGCAGUAGUCCCCACCCCACGGGCCACAGGAAACUUGUGGCUGCGGGGUCACUGGAAGGACUAGAUGAUAGGGAGGACACUGAUCAACACAGGGAUUUACUGUCACUACCGGGAGCUGAUGGUGGAGACCUUCGUGGUAUACUGAAGCCCCAUGGUCGGCGGAGGAAUACGACAUUUGGUGUGGACUUCCAGGAACAAGUGGAACACUGUAGAUCGGCUGUACCUCCUAUCAUCACCAAGUGCUUGAAAGAAAUUGAGAGAAGGGGUCUUCAUCAAGAGGGUAUUUAUCGGAAAUCAGGGGUAAAAAGUAAAGUGGAAGGUCUGUGCCAGCGCUUUGAGAAGGACCCAGACUCUGUUGAUCUCAACGAGGAAAAUCAUAAUGUUAUCUCUAAUGUAUUAAAGCUUUAUCUCCGACAGUUGCCAGAACCAUUGUUAACGUUUAAAAGCUACCAAUUUUUUAUUAGAAUUGCCAAGGAACAUAUGGCAGGAUUAUUUGACCUUGAGGAAACAGUCAAUCAUCUAGCAGAUGUUGUAUCCAAGUUGCCAUACUCAAAUUUUAAAACUUCAGCAAUAAUAAUGCACCAUUUACACAGAAUUGCCUCGAACUUCAGUACAAAUCAGAUGACAUCCAGCAAUCUGGGCAUUGUGUUUGGUCCAACCUUACUCCGUCCACUGGAAGGAGCCUCCUCCCUAGCCUACCUAGUAGACAUGCCUCAUCAGACUAAGGCAGUGGAACUACUCAUCGCUAACGUCAAGGACAUAUUUGGACCUGACACAGAGUACGAGUUAAUACCGGGAGAAACACCUGUUGAGAAGAUUGGUGAUGGUAAAUCUCCAAAUAAAGCCACCCCUAGUCCACAGAGUACAUCCACACAGCCUACGCAGUCAGAAAAACAAGAUUCUACAGAAAAGAAAGAUAAAGGCUCAGAAAAACAACCAAUGAAGUCUGAAAGCUCCCCAGCCCCUGAGAAGCCGGUAGAACAUCUGUUACAGGCAGCAUCAGAAGAAGGGGAGCCCGACCAAAAGAGUUCAGACGCAGACUUUGUGCUGCCAGGGAGUGCCCACUGUGACAAAAAGGCUUCCCCUUCUGUCACUAUCUCUGACGACGAAGACGAAGGAGAUGUAGAUAUACAAUCUGAUGAUGAAUUACCCGAAACCUUGCUUCCUGACGACUCCCAACCCCCAAAUACAAAACAGGCCAAACCUACUGUGUCCUGUCAGCAAGAUAAAGGAAAAGCAUCAGGAGGUCCGGCAGAGCUAGGUACAAUCAAUGCACCCAAACCAUCGUCAAAGAGUGGGAAACCUUCACCCCCUCAGCUGCUGAAACUGGCUUCCCAGCUUCUGUCUCCAGGCAGCUCCAGGAAGAUGGCCGUCCCAACCAUCAACAUCAUUGACAGCAGUCCAGUUGGAGAGAUAAGUGUACAGUCAAGGUUCCCUGCAGAUACCGACAAGGCCAAAAAACCUGGGGCUCUGCAGCCUAAGAGUUCAAGUAGCAAUGCUCAAAGUUUGCUCAAGUCUGUGGGCCCAUCCAUCCAGUCAUCUAUACAGUCCUUUAUGUUAGCAACAGCUAAGAGUUUUGGUAGUAAUGGAAGUGGCAAUAAGUCAAGUAAAGCGGAUGUCAAUAAUUCUAGUCAAGAUUCCUCUUCCAAAGCCUGUCAAUCUCCUGGGGUUCUGUCUAGACAGAGUUCAGGGUCCCCCUCCAGCUCACCCAAUGUAUCGAGACAGAAUUCCUCUUCCCCCUCCAUGAGCCCCACCCCUCAGUCUCCAACCCUGCCUCGGUUUGACAGGUCCUCACCCACACCAACCUCCCCUGUUAUUGCACGAUCUUCAACAUCACCCCCCAACAAACCCCCACCUCCUUCUCCUUCCAUCUCAAGAUCACCAGAAAAGACCCCUCCAUCACCCCCCGUCUUCAUCAGGCGUACAACAGCAUCAGCCACUAAACCAUCACCACCUUCCCCAAUCUUUACACGUCACAAAACAUCUGAGAAGAAUUCUCCACAAUCCCAUUCUCUUCCUAGCUUAUCUUCAUCAUCAAAACCUCCAACUCCUCCCUCCCCUUCUCUGUCAAACAAAUUAGCAUCUUCAUCUAAAUCAACACCUCCCUCCCCUACCCUUGCCAACAAACUAUCAUCAUCAGCUAAAUCAAGUCCUCCCACUUUUGCUAAAGGUACAUUAUCAGAGAAGUCAGUCCCUGCAUCUCCAUCUCUAGCUCGAGGUGUAGCCUCUAUGCGUUCAAUUCCAUCCCCAACCCUAUCUCGCCAUGCUGUGUCUGAAUCGGUCAUCAAAUCACGGCCUGUGUCCCCAGGUGUAACGAGACAGUCUGUAGUAAGUAAGCCUGCUCCAUCAUUAUCUUCAUCCUGGUCUGCACGCACCUGGGCAGCUGAGCCUUGUCAAUCAAGUACCAGUCUCUCUGGUCAGCCUCCUCCCAAGAGUCCCAGUAGGCCCUUGGACCCCAGACACGCACUGACUGAGACCGACACAUUGUCAGUGUCAGGCCCAACCGUAAAGCCACGUUCGUCACCCACCUUGUCAAGGCAGCAGGCAGUGCAGUCAGAUGAUGGUGAUCUAAAACCACCCUUCACACCCACUCCUCCUCGCUUCUCCCCAGCUUUGCUCCGCCACUCCAUGUCUCUCCAAUCAUCCUUGCCCACCUCGUAUGGACUUCGCAAGACAAGUCCCUCCCCGACUCUCUCCAGAAAAUCUCUUUCCUUGUCUGAUCACACGACAGGCAAGACAGGAAGGAUAUCACCACGUCCCUUGUCUUCCCCACUCCUCUUGCGUCAGACAGCCAUUACACCCCCACUGGCUUCUUUUCAGAGUCUGAGGGACACUGCUAUUACAGGUGACAAGUUGUUUUGUAGUCGAUCUGAUCACUUUAAAAAUCUCACCAUUAAGGAAAAGCCUGAACCGAACAACCAUUUCGGGGAGAGUGAACAGAAAGCUAGGAUGAGCCUUAGCCCUGAUAAACGGGCUGUGUCUGACCCUAGCUUGGGUAGAGCAUCUUUGUCUGAAGACUUUGUGCCAAAUACACCUUCAUAUGAUUAUGAAAGUUGUCAGACGCUGUCUUUUGAGGCAGAUGAUACUAGCGGAAAUGUCUCUAUGGAAAGGCCAGAGACAUCCAGUAGGUCUAUGGAGUCCUCCAAAAGUGACCAGUCUUCCUUGUCAUUCUCUAGUCACUCCUCAGCCUCUGACUCUGACAUUUCGUCUGCUGCAAAUUCAGACAUGUCCCCAGAAUUCAGGAAGAAACUGAUAUCACUACCCAGACAGCGUGUCCAUUUAUUGUCUGGAACUGGAUUUCCUGACUUUUCACCAAUUCUUCCUCGCCAAAAAGAUUUUAACAUUAAGAAAGCUGAUUCAACUCCAAGCUUACCUUGUGCUGCAUAUCCACUGAGUGGGAAUUUGUCAGCCAUGCUGAGCGCCCCCAAGGGAACCUGCCAAGGUACCUUGAGUCAGAUAGAUGGUAGAUACAACUCUGUUCCUAGAAAAUCCAAGUCAUUUGAGUUCCAGUCUAUCACAGAUUCCUUGUGUGCCUCCAGUAAGGAUACAGAGUUGGGACUUUCAUCUGGAGUGUCCAGUCCACAGCUGUCCGGAACUGGUCAGGGCUGCAGGCCAGCACAUGCAAGGCCGUCAGUUAUGCCAUCGGGUCCUCGAGCCACGUGUACAUACGAUGCCUUGGACCCAUCAUCCUCCACUAAAUGUCAAUCUGAAGCAUUAUCCAAUCCCAGUAUAGCCUCACCAUCUAGUCAGUCUUUAACUUGUGUUCUGCCAUCUGAUACCCCUUCCUUGCAGGCUAAGUCCAUGCCACCUUGUAAGGAGGGCCUGCUCCCUGCUGCUGAAAUGACUGUGAUACAGACAAGCACUGCCCUGAAGGUGUGCUCCAAUCCCUCUCUCUUGUCAUCGCCAUUGAAGGCCAAAGUUCUUUCUCCUACACCCAUGUCCCCAUCUACCAUUAAACAAACAGACCCUUCGUCUUCCGAGUCCCCACCUUUAGCUUCACCCACCCCUGUACCCCCUAAUUCCCCUGCUGUGACACAGAGACUUGUAGGAUCCACAAAUGGAGAUCAGUCUUCAGCCACAUGCACUUCACCUUCACACUGCAAUAAAGACACACUGAUCAUAGAUACUGAACCGUGCAAGGCAGAAGUAACAGAUGGAUCUUUAUCACCUAAAUUGUCUCAUAUCCCAAUGCUCAAAACUCCUCCAAAAACUCCCCCAUCACCCAGGGAUACUCACAUACCUGUUCCAAAGACACCACCAACCUCUGGUAGAAUUACUCCUACACCACCACCUAAGACUCCUCCAUCCCCAAAAACACCUCCACCUUAUAAGACACCUUCUACCCCCAAAUCCCCUCCACCAUCAAAGACGCCUACAUCUCCUAAAACUCUUCCAUUUUCAAAGAGCCCACCACCUGUUUCUCCAAAGACAUAUCCUUCUAAUAAAAACCCAGGUUGUUUAGAGACUCCACCGGUAUCUACAAAAGCAACCAAGUCAGAGAAUGCCACACAAGUAGCUACCCCACCAUCUAUAACACAGACCCCGCCACCAAGACCUCCUCAGACCCUUCCUGCUGUCCCACCCUCUAAGGCAGUACUACCAGACACCACUCCAGCUGUCAGUGUGCCUAGUCUGCCCCUGGUACCAGCAGUUAAAGAUGCGAAGACGAGGACUGCUAGAACCACUGUGAAGACCACAAAGUCUGCCUCUAGGGAGCCGGUCAAAGUUGUAAAGGGUCCAAGUGGCAUUGUUAUGGGUAAGGCAGCCAUCAUGCCAGGAGGCCGGGGCGCUAUGCACAGGUCCAUUUCAGCUGGUGGAGCAUCUGGUACUGCUAACGGGAAGAGUUCACCCAUACCUCCCACAACCAAACAUCCUGUAAAGGCUGGUUCUUGUGUAGGGACAUCAGGCUCAGGGUGUGUGAGUCCCACCCCACAAACCACAGGCAGGAGAACACCUACUACAGUUACUACAGACAAGAAGCCUCCUACUGGCUCUGCGUCUGGUAUAAUGUCCGGAAGGAAAACCCCCACUAGUACUGUGACUGUGGCAGCCUCUGGCAGGAAGACACCCACAGGGUCUACUUCCUCUGGCUCUAGCUCUGGCCGCAAAACUCCUGUUACCACAGUAACUAGCAGUAGUUCUAAAUCAGAAAAAAUGUCCUGCUCUACAUGUGGCAGGCGGAAAAACUCAGCAGCAAAGUCUGUGUCUGACGCAUCACAGCCAGUAAUGCUGACAGCCUACAGACGCGCCUCCACAGGUACUAGUGGGGUCAUUUCUUUAGGAGAGCCAGUCCCUCAAGAGUCUCCACAUACAUGCAAAUCUCCUGAAACAAAGGAUUGUCCAAAGAAAGAUAACAAAGGUGCUGGGCGCAAGGUGGCUGGAAAGACUGCAGGGUCUGGUACAAAGAAGGAAAAGUUGCCUCCUUUUGUGUGAUAUGCCUGAUCAUGUCAAGUUGCCUGAGCUAACCGGCUUUUUUACUUUUAAAUGCUGACAGAGCAGAGAUACAGGCCAAAAAGUGGGACUUAAUUGCGUUUAUAAAUAUGAAAUAAUGUUUUAAAAUAUGUUAUUGCCACUUCCAUUGACUGUGUCGUAGCUUGCCUACCUUGUACUAGACAUGAGAAGCAGGCCUGCACAUUACCACUGUUCUUGUUACUCAACCUCUUCUACAUGUUGAUACUUUUUCUUUUCUUUUCUUUUUGUAUUAUAUCUAGUGUGAGUAUAUGUAUUACUAAAUUUCAUUCCGUAUUCUUGAUAGUUAUUAUUUUUGUUUGCUUCUAAUUUUAACAUAAAAUGUGACUGAUUAAGUGUAGGUAGUAAAAACUUGCAAAGUGUUGACCUACAUCUAUGGCUAAUGUUUUACUGCUGUGCUUGUAGGUCUCUGGUGGUGCAUUUCUUGAUUUGCUGUAUGUGCAUGUUAUGCAUAAUAAGCUCUCUACGAACGUUUAAGUAUUGGAGACAGAAUGAUAUUACGUCUUAAAUGUAGAAAACUUUUUAUCUUCUCAUAGUGCAAUUUUCUAUCCAUUCCAAAAUUGAAAUGUUGUGAAGACAUGCUAUUGGUGUUAGGACUCUACAUAGCUUUGCACACGUGGAUAAAGAGGAAGUCUUGGUAAGAUGGGUCCUCCCAUUUAGUUUAAAAUUUUGUUUGUUGACAAAAAGGCGACGCAACAAGUGUUAUUUUGUCACCUAUUGCAGUACAUGUAUAAGUAACGCAAUUUUAUCACGAAUGCUUACAUUUAUUAUAUUUUUAACUAGCAAUAAUGUUGAGCGAUGAUAUUGAAUUCAUAAUUAUAACAGAUAUGUUUGAAACAGAAGUUGAAUACACUAGCUUUUCUAGUGUUACUAGUCACUGAAGGACCAGUGAUAUCGGUAGAUAUAUGUAUCAUUUGUGCCUUUUGUUAGCGUGGCACUGUAAGAUUGGUGAAUUUUCUGUAUCUGUAGUUACUGAGAUGUACAAGUGGGCUGCAGACACUAGUAAUGACUAGGUUUGAGUGUUGGUCCUGCUGGAGUUGUAUAUAUAUAUAUGUAUAACCUGAUACACAUAUGGUGCUGAACAACAUACCUUUUGUAUGGUUUGUACUAGACUAUUAUGGGAUGUGUGGGGACAGAGUGAGAGGAACCACAUGUUGAUGAGAACGAUGGGUUGUUUGUUCUGGUUAGCUCCUUAUCAUUGUAUUGAACAGCAAGGUUCAGUUGUACACUCUAGGAAUGAUACCAGAAAGGGAAGGUUGUCCAAGCUUAACCCUUUCACCCCUAUGUCACUUGAGUAGACUCUACCAUGCAUUCAUGUGGAUGAGUUCAUUGUGGUCUACAGUGGUUAAAGAGUGGAGGCCAAUUAGAUUGAAAUAUUAGUGUAAAUACUAGUAUCAUUGAUGUAGUCAAACAGAUUUUGAGUUAUUAUUGAAGAUCCAGAUGGGUGACUGGUUUGUUACUUUAAUGCUAUCUUUUGGAGUAUCAACAAUACCUUGUGUGUGAUUACAGUGUUAGGUUGUCGGCCUGAACAGACGUACGAGACUUGUUUGUCACUGAAAGAAAGGGAGGGAGUAAGAGUGAACUAGAACUGGACUGGGACGAGAAUGUAGACAAGGUGUGAUUACCCCAGUGAGGAGAAAAGUGUAAUGUGGUUUAUGUUAUAUGCUUUUAAUAGAAAUCAUUUUAUUUAAGCAACAUUUCAGUCAAGUUUAUUUUAAACCAUACUGUGAAUUUGUGAUCGUGAUAACUACGUAGAGACAAGCUGGUACCUAACUGUGUACGGUUGUACGUACUCGGAAGGUCAGAUGGCUACAAUUCUUACCGGUAAUGUAAACAUUGUGUGCAGUCCAUGUUGGCCAAAUCAUAGAUUGUUUUGAAUUAGGUUUUAGAUUUCGUAAUAUAAUUACCUGACAGAUAUACUCCAAACCAAGGGAUUCAGGGAUGAUUAUUGGGUUUGUGCACAUAUUUUCAAACUUAACAAAUUUAAUGCACAAUAAUAUAAACAGCUGAAAGUUUCAAAGGACUAUGUAAAUCCAUCAAAAUUAUAAAUCUGCAAUAGAAUUUUCAAACGACUGUUUCUUUAAUUUUGAAUACUUCCCCAGUACUAUUAUGUAAACAUUUAUUUGUGUUUUUAAUUUUGGCUGCCAUGGUAUCCAGGUCGUAUUUGCAUAAAUGAUUGAAAUUUGAUUAUUCAGUCAAUUUUGACAGGUUUUCACCUAGUUUUUCUCUUAGCUACCAUAGAGCACACUC